AUGCCUUAUUAUAACACAGUCAAUAUUUCUAGACAAAAUAGUAAAAAUACAUCAGCAUACUUUGCUGAAGAUCAGUUAAAGAAAACUUUUAUGCAAUUCGGCGUCAAACGCAACAAACUUCUCACCAGAGAGGAGAUAAAGAAGGCUUUCAACUACAUAGGCUCACGGUUUCCUGACUCCAGGAUCAAAGUUUGGAUCCGCCGUGCUGACAAUGCUAAUGAAGAUCCAGUGAUCGACCUUGACACAUGCUUGGAAGAUCUCAUCAAUUACGUACACAAUUCAGACCCACCUCUUGAAAAUAUGCGUCAUACAAACAGUUACUGGAGUUACAAUAAAAAUGCUUCAGUAUAUCUUACUGAAGAUCAGUUGAGGGAAAUUUUCAUGCAAUUGGACGUCAAUCACGACAAUGUUUUAAGCAGAGAUGAGAUAAAGAAAGCUUUCGACUACAUUGGCGCAUGGUUUCCUGGCUACAGGGCCAGAGAUGGGAUUAGACAUGCUGAUGCCAAUGGAGAUGGAGUGGUCGACUUGAACGAGUUGGAUGAUCUCGUCAAUCACGCUUGUAAAAUUGGGUAUUACAUUAAGUAG